AUGUUGAAAAUGUCACCAGAAACAUGCUACAACAGCAGAUACGGGACCAGAACUUGUAACGACGUCGUCGAACCAUCUGGCCGGCGACAGCGCGCAUUCGAACGGCGCAGUCUCAAUUACCAAGGACCUCAUUUCGUGAUACCGAACAACUUGAUUUCUGCAUAUCCGUUCUGUGUGCGCUGGCCUCCGUCAUCGUAUCAUCUCUCUCACAUCGCCUUGUCCUCACCUGCUCUCGCCUCAUCGGCUGCCACAAUUAGAACAGACGACGACCAAACCAGAAACCCCAAAAACUGGCAGCUGAGAAGUUACUACGAGCUCCAAUCGCCACACUCACCUCUUGAUUGCAUCUUCAGCUAUUCAUUCAUCUCUAUCCUCAAACACUCUUGUGUUGAAGCUUGCUUGAUGGGCAGCACAGGUACAAAUGCUCAAAAAUAG